CAACCUCAACCAGCUAUUUAUACCUCCUGGUCCGUGAUCGCCUCAGGGCUGCAAUAGCCCAUACAGAGUUGUCGCGCUCAACUCACCUCACCACCACACUCCCCUCCUCCCAUCCACCCGUCUAGUCAAAGCAUGAGCCGUCAUGCGAUGGCCGCCAUGGGCUUCGGAAUCGCAAGCCCAGCAACAACAAAAUGAAUCGCUCCCCGCGUGGCUCUCCUCCACCGCCUCCUCGAAAGCCAACGAGCUGAAAAAAUCCCUCUCCAAGCUCGACUGGGCCGCCUUCGCUGAGCCUCGAACCCUCCUCUCCACCGCCGUCCUCACCACCGCCAUCCUCGGCGCCGCGCGCGUCCACCGCCGCUAUCUGCGCCGCUUCCCCGACGCAGUGAGUAUCUCGCCCUGGUACUUCCGGAAGAGAAGUCUCCUGGGAAAGGUCACGAGUGUCGGCGAUGGCGAUAACUUUCGCAUCUUUCAUACCCCCGGCGGGAGGCUGUUCGGGUGGGGGUGGUUGCCGUGGAAGAGGGUUCCUACGGCGAAGAAGGAGUUGAAGGAUAAAACGGUCCACGUCCGCUUGGCUGGCAUAGAUGCCCCCGAACUGGCGCACUUCGGCCGUCCCGAACAGCCCUUUGCCCGCGAGGCGCACCAAUGGCUGACGUCGUAUCUCACCAACCGGCGAGUCCGCGCCUACGUACACCGCCAGGACCAGUACCAGCGUGUCGUGGCGACCGUGUAUGUGCGGCGGAUGCUGGACUUUCCGAUCCCGUUCCGCCGGCGCGACGUGUCGUAUGAGAUGCUGAGACAGGGGCUGGCGACGGUGUACGAGGCCAAGGCUGGGUCGGAAUUCGGCGGCCCGCAAAAGGAGCAGAAGUAUAGAGAGGCGGAGUCGUGGGCAAAGAAGAAAGGGACGGGGUUGUGGAAGGGGUUCCGGCGCAAUAAGGGGUGGGAAAGUCCUAGAGAUUAUAAGACUCGCAUGGGCGCGCAGGAGCAGACGCAGGACAACGGGGGGAAGAAGUGAGGCGGUGAUAUGCCCUUACUUUUACUUCGUACGUUCUUUGGUCUGCGCUUUGUAUUCUCACGGCCGUUCUCAUGAUUUUACGAUUGAUAUCCCAAGGUAUGAUGCUGCGAUGACUCGGACAAGAUCAAUCUUCGAUCGGUCUGACUCGCGGUGCGUUUUCUUUGUGAUUUAGUAAAUAGAUACAUAGAGCCAUUAGACAUAACUGUAAGUAAGCAUGAAAU